AUGUCUCGGACACAAACUUGGCUCAUCACAGGCGCAUCUUCAGGCUUCGGCCAGUCGAUCGGUAUCGCAGCCUUGAAUGCAGGACAGAGAGUAGUCGGAGCGACCCGUGAUGUCGUCAUGGCAAAACACUGUAAUCCAGAAUUUGCUGCGAAAGGCGGCAUGUGGACGCGGUUAGAUCCUGGACACCCAGAAUCGCUUGCACACUUUGCUAAGGCGCAGGAAGAGUUUGACGUCGAUGUCUUGGUGAACUGUGCGGGUUAUGCGUUCAUUGGUGGUGUAGAGGAUACGAGCGAGCAAGAGAUCCGCCAUCAGAUGGAGGUCAAUUUCUACGGACCCAUCCGUGCAAUCAAAGCUGUUCUCCCAGCCAUGCGCAGGAAGAAGCGUGGCCACAUCGUCCUGAUCAGUUCCGGCGCUGGCUUCAUCGCCCGCCCUGGCCGCGGCGUCUACUCCGCAAGCAAAUACGCCAUUGAAGCCAUCCACGAAUCUCUCAUGCACGAGACGCACUCGCUCGGCAUCAAAACCCUCAUCGUCGAGCCUGGUGCGUUUCGCACCGCCUUUUCUACCCGUCUCGUCACGCCUGCUGCGCACGAAAGCACAGGCGGUUACAGCGAGGCCUAUAGGGGCACAAAGCUGGAGGCCAUGCUACAGAUGAUGCAUGGGAAAGAUGGAGUGCCGCCGGAGAACUUGGCCAAGGGCGAUCCGGAUAAGGCGGCCAAGGCAAUUGUGGACGCUGUCUUGGGUGGGCAUGAGUACUUGAGGUUGAUUCUCGGGCCCGAUUGUGUUAAGGCCAUGGAGGAUAAGAUUGGUGAGUUUCAGAGGGAUCUGGAGUUGACGAGAGAGGUUAGUAUGGGUACGGAUGUGGUUGCGAUGAAAGCAUGA